GCUGACUCGGGGGCUGUCACUGUCAGAAUCCCCUGCAACUCGCCUGUUGCAGCUGUGUGUCGCCGGAUACGAUGGUGCUGCAGCUCAUCUCACUCCAUUGGAACUCACAUGUCAGCUGUGCGUCUCGUCAGCUUAGUGAGCUUCGUUGGCUUCACUGUGAAUCUCAUCUCAUGCUUUGCUUCACCUCACUCCCUCACUCUCACUCUCACUCUCACUCGUCCACUCACUGAGCACAUCACUCAUCUUCCCACAUUGUGCUCCGUAUCACAAAACAUCUCCAUCCCACAGAAAAUCAAUCAAAUAAUCUUUCCGAUCCUCAAGCACCAUUCCCUGAGCUCCCGCGUGCCGGAACAGACAGCGUCGCAGAUCGGCCUUCCGCGGACUUUGCCCCCCCUGCGCCCCAAUUCACGCCGUCGGACCAGAACAGUGAGAAGCACCCAAGCUCCAAGAGGCAGAUAGAAACCGUCGUUUCCCCCCCCCCCCGGCAGCCGAGAACAUCAUCCCACCACAUACAUACACGUUCGUGCCUCUUUCAAGCAGGUCGUAACACCAUAAGCCAAUCUGCGAGCUCUGGGAACACAGCUCCAUUCGGCCGGGACAUCUCUUUUCAGUCAUCAGUGACCCGAGAAUCAGGCAAUUCGUCCGCCCAGCCCGCCAAGAUACUACCUUGACAUCCCGACCAACCCACCCCUGGACCUCCUCCAUCUCACCUGGUCUACCGUUAUUCAUUCAUUCCUUCAUAAAGCUGACAGACAGCCCGUCUCCCCUCUCCUGCAAGCACUCAAAAUCACAAAAAGGGCCAUGGCGCCUCAACUGCAAAACGUGCGCGACAUCUUCCCCCUCCCCCAAACACCAACCCAAACCCUCGCCACCCUCGCUGGCCUAGGCGCCUCCGCCUGGCUCCUCAAGCUCAUCGUCCGCCACAUCCUCCUCCGCAGCCCCGCGAAACCCUCCCACGGCUCCCCUUCCACAGCAGGUCCGACCUUCGCCGCAAUGAGCGCAGACAAGAAGAAGGAGCUCCUCGAGCGGCCCGCCAUCAUCGUCGGCGGCGGGCUAGCGGGCCUCGUCGCCGCCUUUGAGCUCUCGGAGCGCGGCGUGCCGACCAUCAUCAUCGACCAGGAAAACGAGGCGAAUCUAGGCGGCCAGGCCUUCUGGUCGCUCGGCGGCAUCUUUUGCGUCGACUCCACGGAGCAGCGAAGGAUGGGCAUCAAGGAUUCGAGGGAGCUCGCCAUGCGCGACUGGUUCGGCUCCGCGCAGUUUGACCGCGAGAAGGAGGAUACCUGGCCGAGGAGGUGGGCCGAGGCCUUUGUCAACUUUGCCGCGGACGAGAUGGAGCAGUACGUCAAGGCCAGGGGCAUGGGCUUCCUCUUCAACGUCGGCUGGGCCGAGAGGGGCGCGGGUAUGGCUGAGGGACACGGCAACUCGGUGCCGCGGUUCCACGUUACCUGGGGUACGGGGCCGGAGGUCGUGAGGGUAUUCGAAGAACCCGUGAGGCGCGCGGCCAAGAACGGUGUCGUGCAGUUCCGGUUCCGACACCGCGUAGACGAGAUCAUCACCGACGAGACGGGUCGCGCCAUCGGCGUUCGCGGAAAGGUCCUCGCGCCCGACGACUCUGCGCGCGGCGUCAAGUCCAACCGUGACAUCGCAGGCGAUUUCGAGAUAUUCGGGUCCGCCGUGGCAGUAACAUCCGGCGGUAUCGGAGGAAACGUCGAAGCCGUGAAAGCAGCGUGGCCCAUCGACCGUCUCGGCCCCAAAGUCCCCGAGAACUUCAUCGUCGGCGUCCCAGCCCACGUCGACGGCCGCAUGAUUGGCAUCGCGGAGACAGUCGGGGCCAACGUCAUCAACCGCGACCGCAUGUGGCACUACACCGAAGGCCUGCAAAACUGGAACCCGAUCUGGCCCAACCACGGCAUCCGCGUCCUCCCGGCCCCGAGCUCGCUGUGGCUGGACGCGACAGGCAAGCGUCUCCCGCCCUUCCUCUUCCCCGGCACCGAUACCCUCGGCACGCUGAAGCACAUCUGCGCCACGGGGUACGACUACACGUGGUUCAUCCUCGACCAGAGCAUCAUCGCGCGCGAGUUCGCGCUCUCGGGCUCGGAGCAGAACCCCGACGUCACGGGCAAGAGCAUGUGGCAGCUCCUCACGCGCGUGUUCGGCAAGAAGGGCACCGUCCCCGUGCAGAACUUCCAAAAGUACGGCAAGGACUUUGUCGUCAAAGAUAACCUCGCCGACCUGGUGCAGGGCAUGAACGAGCUGCAGCGCGAGCGCGGCGGGCCGGUGCUGAGCCUGGAGGACAUAAAGGAGACGAUUGAGAUCCGCGACGGGCAGUUCGACAACGCCUACUCCAAGGACGCGCAGGCCAUGCUCAUCAAUAAUGGACGGACGUACUGGGCGGACAAGAGGAGUCGUAUCGCGCCGCCGCAUAAGCUGUUGGAUCCCAAGCACGGGCCGCUGAUUGCUGUGCGGAUGAACCUGUUGACGCGCAAGACGCUGGGCGGUAUCGAGACAAAUCUGGAGAGUAAUGUCAUGAAGGCGGAUGGGGAGAAGUUCUCUGGUCUGUAUGCGGCUGGUGAGGCAGCCGGUUUCGGUGGCGGUGGUGUUCAUGGAUACAACAGCUUGGAGGGCACGUUCUUAGGAGGUUGCAUCUUCUCCGGAAGGGCAGCGGGACGCGGUAUGGCGGAUGAACUCUUGGGGCCAGCGGAGGCUAGGGGCCCAAAGUCGUACUUGUAAUUGUCGACAUGUGAAGUGUAGAAGAUAACUGUGAUGAAAAAGGGCGCGAUCAACAUCUCCGAUUGUCAACAUUGAAAUUCGAGUGGAU